CCUUGACACAAACGUAACAAGAAACGCGAAGCAACGGAUAACCCAAUUCGAAAAUACAAAGGCCAAAACAGAAGGCAGAAAAGAAAGAAAGAAUGGCAAUCCUUUCCUCUUAUCUAAGUCCUCUUACCAUCUCCUUGUCCAUUACAUGUCCAAAUUUCUGUAAUUCCCUCAAUUCUACUGCGUUCCUUCAACAAUCGACAUCUCAUCGGUUUCACAUCCGACCCAUCGCAGCCUCUCAGGUGUGCACGCCCCACGAGGUUGACAAAUCGUCACUCAUAAUAGCAGAAACAGAGGCGGAGGACGAGCUCUGGGCCGCCUCGUGUCUCCGUGUCCGCUCCUUCUAUGAGUUCACGCCUUCCUCUUACGGCCUCCAAGAUCAUAAAAGGUACUUGGCGGAGCGUGAGUUUGAAGCAGUAAAAGAGCGUAUUGCUGGUAAGAGGACAGGCUUUAGAAGAGUUUCUUGCAUAAAUGCUACUCUUCCAUUAUCGCAAUUAUCAAGCUUAUCUGAAGAUUUAUGUGCUGAAUGUAAGUAUACUAAUAAUGGCGAAGAACGAGUAGUAGUUGGAACACUCGAUCUUAAUCAGUGUCUAAGACUACCAGAUGAAAUAACAGGCAAAAAACCUGAGGGUAUUGGAGCUGAUUUUAUGAGGGCAUACCUGAGCAAUGUAUGUGUUGCCAAGGAACUGCAAAGGCGUGGCUUGGGUUAUGAACUUGUCGCAGAGUCAAAAAUAGUAGCUCAAGAAUGGGGCAUAAGUGACUUAUAUGUCCAUGUUGCCGUUGAGAAUGAGCCAGCAAAGAAGUUAUACACAAAGAGUGGCUUCACAUAUGAAAAUGAUGAACCUGCAUGGCAAGCUAGAUUUCUUGACCGGCCGCGAAGGCUUCUACUAUGGAUUGGUAUCUCUGGUGGACACGACUUGUAAUGGCACAGUAAUAAUCUAUCUUGUACUUCACUUUCUUUUUCUUUGUGUAUAUUGAUUCGUGUUUAUAGCAUUAAAACAAUCCCUUUCUUUCACUUCAAAUUGUAAGUUGAGCAUCUAAUCAUUGUUGCAAUGAAAAUAAUUCUUGUUACCACA